AUGAUGAACUUCUUCGAUCCGUCGCAGCCCAAGAAAGAGUCUCGAAAAUGCGCCAACGUUGAAGACUACAAAAAAGCCUUCGACUUCUUCGACGCAAAUAAUGAUGGCCAUAUCACUGCCGAGGAGCUUGAAGCCGCGAUGAAUAAAUGUGGCCAAUUCCCGUCAAAGCUCGAGCUCAGAUUGAUCAUCCAUCAUGGGGAUAAUGACAAAAACGGCGUGAUCACCUUCGACGAGUUCGCCCAUCUGAUGAGCGGGUCGACGUCGCGGAACAAGUAUACCUUUGCUCAGCUCCAAGAGCAGUUUCAGAUGUUUGAUAAGGAUAAAGACGGCUACAUCGAAAAACAAGAAAUGAUCGAAAUUGUCCGCGAAUUAGCCCUCGGCUCCUCAUUCCCCCGCGGCGUCAUCGAACAAAUGUUCCGGGAGGCCGACGUCGACGGUGAUGGCAAAAUCUCGUUUGAAGAAUUCGUCUUGGCGGUCAAC